AUGCCUGAACUGUAUAAAUUAUAUCAAUUUGAAGAUGGACCUGAACUGCUAACUUAUGCAGCAACUAUUUUAGAUGAUAAUGUAUUGAAAUCAGAACAGCAACUCUAUUCUCAAGCGUAUUCACAAGCAAAUAAGGGUAAAGUAUUGUUAACACCACCAUUUUCACGAUUCAUGAACGCUUUACGAAAAUUGCACAAUGAUGUUGAAUUGAAAAUGCAAAAAUCAACAAUAGUAGUGGAACCAAUUAUAAUGAAUACUGGUAGUAGUGGUUGUGAUAUUUCAUGGGUAGUGUGUCAAGCUGCAAAAGCUGUAAAGGUGGAAAAAAUGAUUAUCAGUGUCAAUGAUAAUGGUCGAUGGACAUUGAAAUCAGAAUCAACAUUUAAAAAUACAGCUUAUGAAUUCACACCGGGUAUUGAAUUUCAUGAAAUACGUGUCGAUGCGGCGGAAGUUAAAGUAAAUGUGAAAAUCUAGCGUAACGAUGGAUCUUUUCUCGGUUAUAAGAGGUUUUUUCUAAUGAGACUUCUAUCACUACAGGAACCAUAUUGAUAUCAGAUAUUUCAUAGAAUGAUCUCUUCUCAUUUCUAUAAAAAUGUAGAUUUGCUAAAGAUCUAUUAUUGCACGAAGAAACCGCCCGUUUUAGCUGAAACUGUCGCCACAUUCUAGUAGUUAUGAGACCUAUUCAGUCAAAACCAAAAUUCGUCGUUGAUCCAAUUAUCUUCAUCUCAAAUUAAAGAGGCCUCCAAUAAGUAAGCAGAAGAUCAUCUCUUAACAACCUUCAGCAUCCAUUCUCAUAUUUUGGACUAAUUAUACAGAAACAUCAUAGAGAAUCUCCAAUAAGGGUGUGUGGGUGUGGGUGUGGGGUGUGGGUGGGUGUGG